GACGCUCUAAACUGAAGGGGGGGCAUGUGAUGUGGCGGGGGAUGGCUUUUAAUCUGACAGAGGCAUGUGAGACAGAUGCAGUGCUCCGUGCUGCAGACGGGGGGCGUUGUAGGACCUGAGAAUUUGGAGGGAUCCAAGAGGGAAAAAAAGGAUCUCAGUGCGAUAGGUCCCCCCAGCCAACGGAGCCGCGCUUCAACGGUUGCUCUCUCUCACUUGCAGCAAACACACACUCUCUUGCGCACACACUUCUUCCCUUCCCCUCUUCUUUCCCGCUCUGCCUCUCUCUCUCUCUCUCUGUCUCUCUCUCUCUCACACACACACAUUCUCUCUUUGCCUUGGUGCCACUCAUUGUGCCGCGCUCUCCUGUUUCAUCUCUCCACCGUGGAGUGCAGAGAGAGGUGAUUCGGCUCCCAGGGCUGCCUGCCAGUGGUUAGACUGGGGCAAACAGAGACAGAGUUGGGGGGGGACCUGAGGGACAGGACAGUGCUUGGGGAGGUGGGAUUCCAAGCGGGAAAGAUCCGGCGCAAGAUUUUCCUCCAGCGGAGAGUAUUUACAUCACAAAACCUGUGGAAAGAGGACUGACACUACACCGGCUGCACAAACGCUGUCCGCGCAAGAGGGGGCGUGAUAGACAAGGACCUGCGCCACUACCUCAACCUGCGCUUCCAGAAAGGCUCGGUGGACCACGAGCUGCAGCAGAUCAUCCGGGACAACCUCUACCUCCGCACCGUCCCCUGCACAACCAGGCAGCCCAAGGAAGGAGAGGUCCCAGGGGUGGAUUAUAAUUUCGUGACCGUUGACCGGUUUAUGGAAUUGGAGAAAAGUGGUGCCCUGCUAGAGAGUGGAACAUAUGAAGAUAACUUUUACGGCACCCCGAAGCCUCCGGCCGAGCCCAGCUCUCUGUUGCUAAAUGUAACGGACCAGCUGCUGCCGGGCGCCAGACCCAGCUCUGAAGGCAAGAGGAAGCGUAACAAGUCGGUCAGCAACAUGGAGAAAGCCAGCAUCGAGCCCCCCGAGGAGGAGGAGGAGGAGAGACCCGUCGUCAACGGCAACGGCGUUGCCGUCACCCCAGAGUCGAGCGAACAUGAGGACAAGAGCACAGACGCUUCGGGGGACAUAGCCCCGCAGAGCAACCCAGCAGAGGCCUCCACCGAGGUGCCCAAAGAUGACGGACAGUCCCCAAAGACUACAAUACCCAAACCAGAGGAGAACGACGAGCUAGGGCCCCUGCCAGACAACUGGGAGAUGGCUUACACCGAAAAAGGAGAAGUCUAUUUCAUAGACCACAACACCAAGACGACAUCGUGGCUGGACCCAAGGCUAGCCAAGAAGGCAAAGCCGCCCGAGGAAUGCAAAGAGGAUGAGCUUCCGUACGGCUGGGAGAAAAUCGAUGACCCCAUUUACGGCAGCUACUAUGUCGAUCAUAUAAACAGAAGGACCCAGUUUGAGAACCCAGUCCUGGAGGCUAAAAGGAGACUCCAGCAGCAGCAGCAGAUGCAAAGCCAGGGUCUAUCCUCACUGCCCCUUCCCACCAUCUACAGAGAGAAGCCGCUUUUCACGCGGGACCCCACUCAGCUGAAAGGCAGUUUCCUGUCCACAUCGCUCCAAAAGAGCAACAUGGGCUUUGGGUUCACUAUCAUCGGAGGCGACGAGCCCGAUGAAUUCCUCCAGGUCAAGAGCGUUAUCCCCGACGGGCCUGCUGCAGCUGAUGGAAAGAUGGCCACAGGUGAUGUCAUCGUCUACAUCAACGACGUGUGCGUCCUUGGCACCACCCAUGCAGAUGUGGUUAAGCUCUUUCAGUCGGUGCCCAUUGGUCAAAGCGUGACCCUCGUCUUGUGUCGUGGCUACCCUUUGCCCUACGACCCAGAGGAAGCUGCCAACACCAACAACAACACCACCACCACCACCAUCAUCUCCCCGCUGGGCAUCAUGGAGCAGCGACCCAUCAUGGUGAACGGUAGGACGGGCUACGACAACUACCUGGACUAUCUCUCCCGCACGGCGCGCUUUGUCACAGACCCCGGUCAGGACCAGGUCAACGCCCAGCAGCAGCUUCUCCAACCUCACCCGGGCGACACCCACUUAGACGGCUCCCUGCCCCCGACAACGGGCACCACACCCCCCGACAGCGUCUCCAUGGCGUCGUCGGGGGCGACCCAGGGGGAGCUGCUGACUCUGACCAUGGUGAAGGGAGUGGACGGUUUCGGAUUCACCAUAGCAGACAGUGCCACGGGUCAGCGCGUUAAACAAGUCCUGGAGCCUCAGGGCUGCCCAGGCCUGUGCGAGGGUGAUCUGAUCGUGGAGAUUAACAAGCAGCCGGUUCAGGGAUUCACACACACCCAGGUGGUGGAGCUGCUCAAGGAGUGUGCUGUUGGAGCUGAGACCAGCCUGGUGGUUCAGAGAGGUGGAACAGGUCACUAUUCACCCUGGAAGACCCCUAAGCAGGUGCUGGAGCAGUGGGAAUCCCAGCAAGGCCAGAGCAGCCCCGCUCAGACCAGCCUGUCGGCCCCUGUUAUCCCCCACAGCGCCCCCUUCCCAACACACCAUCUCCACAGGGCCUCGGCCCCAGACUCAGCCUCCGAGGCCUUGGCCUUGGCUAAACCAGACCCCUAUGACCUUUAUGAGAAGUCCAGAGCUAUCUAUGAGAGUAGGCAACCCGGCCAGCCAAGGACUGUUUUUCCUGUGGACUCCUCAGGAGCGGAAUACCAGGACAUCGAGGUCCACCUGCGCCGACAGAAGUCUGGGUUCGGUUUCCGGGUGCUGGGCGGGGACGAGGCCGGGCAGCCUGUGAGUCCGGAGACGCGUGAGAAGAUCCUGAUCGGGGCGAUCAUUGAGAAGAGUCCAGCAGACCUAGACGGACGCUUACGGCCCGGUGACGAGCUGCUGUUUGUGGACGGGAUCCCAGUUGUGGGGAAGCCACACAGAUACGUCAUCGACCUGAUGCACGGGGCGGCUCGUAACGGUCAGGUCAAUCUGGUCAUCAGGAGGAGGGUGCAGGCAGGAGGUGAGUCCUGUCCGGAAAAUGGCCGCAGCCCGGGCUCCGUCUCCACGCAGCAUAGCUCCCCGCGCAGCGACUUCACCUAUGGCAACAGCACCAGCGCCUCCCAGGCACCCAACGCCUGCAUGGGCAACACAGGCACUUCAGACGGGACGUCGACCCCCAACACUCAACCCAGCGAUGUCAUCAUCAAUCGAAAGGAGAGCGAAGGCUUUGGCUUCGUCAUCAUCAGCUCGCUCAACCGGCCCGAAGCAGCCACCACCAACACUGUGCCCCAUAAAAUCGGCCGCAUCAUCGAGGGCAGCCCGGCCGACCGCUGCGGAAAGCUGAAGGUGGGAGACAGGAUACUGGCGGUGAACAGUCAGUCCAUCGUUAACAUGCCCCACGCCGACAUCGUUAAGUUGAUCAAGGAUGCAGGCCUCAGUGUCACCCUGAGGAUCAUACCACAGGAAGAGAUCAGCAAUCCCCCAUCAGCCCCCAGCUCAGAGAAGCAGAGCCCCAUGGCCCAGCAGCACAGCCCUAAGACCCAGCCCAACAUCGCAGCCUCCCAGCCCAACCCACCAGUGACAGAACCCAACCCCCCCGUCAGCCAACCCAACCCCGUGCCCCACCAUAGCCCCGUGACCCAGCUGCCCGCCCCUCCGCCUCAAACCUACACCCACGAGAGCAGUUACAGGUCAGAAGUUAAGGCGAGGCAAGAUGUUAAACCAGACAUCCGACAGCCGCCGUUCACGGAUUACCGACAGCCGCCAGUGGACUACCGGCACCCACCUGUGGCGGACUACAGGCAACCGCCCACGUUGGACUACAGGCACCCGCCACUGCUCGACUACAGACAGCUAGCCACCGAUGCCAGGCAGUUCACCAUCCCAGACUACAGAAUGCCACCAGUUCAACUUUCACAGGACUUUGACUUCUUCACAGUGGAGCUGGAGAAAAGUGUGAAGGGCUUUGGUUUUAGCAUCCGAGGCGGGCGGGAGUAUAAGAUGGACCUGUUCGUUCUACGACUGGCAGAGGAUGGACCGGCCAUCCGCAACGGGAGGAUGAGGGUCGGGGACCAAAUCAUUGAGAUCAAUGGAGAGAGCACACGGGACAUGACCCACGCCAGGGCCAUCGAGCUGAUCAAGUCUGGAGGCAGGCGUGUUCGUCUCCUCCUAAAGAGGGGUACGGGACAGGUCCCAGAGUAUGACAAUGCCGCCCCAUGGGAUGCUCGCCCUUCAGCCUCCCCAAGCCUGUCGGAAGUAGCCCUUCCCAUCGACAGCCUUUCCAUGUCAUCGCCUUCAUCUCAUCUGGCCCCUGCCCCCGACCCACCUCACCUACUGCCUCUGGACGUCCCUCGAGACACGGUGGCACGAGACAACAGGACGGAGCGUUCGAAGAGCCCCCAGAAGGCCGAGCUGCUAAACCCAGAUCCAGUCAGCCAGGGGAGGAGAGCGGCUACAACCGGCGGGAGCGGCAGAGCUAAGAAAGAAGGUGGCAGGUCCACCCACAAGGGGCACAGGAUGCAGCCCACUACUGAGGGGGAAGGGGGCAAGGAGGGGCAGAGUGGGGAGCCCAAACUUUCCAGGAGCACCAGAGGGAGGUCCAAGGAGAGAAAUACUGGGGACACCAGAGAAUCCACCCACUCUCCCAGCAGCUCCAAGCUCCCGCACACUAACGGAAACAGCAGGGAUGAUGUGGAGCGUUACAGCGGCGGGCUGCAGCAUCAGCAGGUGGAGCCAGAGCAGAGCAAGCCCAGAGUCAGGGAACUGGACCGGGGUCUGGGAGAGAGCCGGCCCAGCCUGCCCAACAAGAUCACCAGCAGUGGCAGCGCAGCGGGGAGGAAGGCCACAGUCUCUCCUGGGCCCUGGAAGAUCCCCGGAUCAGACAAGCUGCCCAGCACACUGCGCACAGGCACGUCCACGCUGAGUAGAUAACACCGCAGCUCCAGCAGAAUACAGUGGCCACACUCAUCUGAACUAACCCACCCCAUCUGGAUGAAACCACCAUCCUCACACCUUCCCGUGCUCCUUUAUCCCCCAGUCAAUCCCUUUUUCCCAUGGACCAGAGUCAAAACCAAGGGGGGCAGGGUGAUCUGGACCACGUGUUUUUAGAAUUUUAUUUAUGGUACUGUACUCUAAAUUAUUUUGAGAAAUAUUUUACACCCACCACCUUAAGAACUGGUAAAUCAUCCACUUUAAAAAAAAAAUGGAAGAGCGAGUAGAAUGUGUGUGUAGCGUGGCGGGGGAAUCAUUUUGAGGAUACAAACUUUGAAGAACUCUAUUUUGAGUUCUCCCUGACCAGAACUGGGGGGACAAAGAUGCAAAUAUAAACAACUUGACAGGAAGCAACUGUCAGCUGCCGUUGGAUUUUUUUUAUAUAUCUACACAAUGGAGUCUAUUUUAUGAAAUGGAAUGUUAAGAGGAAGGGUUGCCUGUUUUUGACAAGAGCGAAUGGAAUUAAGAGUGACAGCAGAGAUGAAAUCUUCUCAUCAACGGAACUUUGCCUUAACAGAGACUGUAUGGGCCUGAAUCUGUCUUGAAUAAUCUAUCAGAUGAUUAUAGACAUAGAUAUAUUAUAAUGAAUAUGAAUAUGUGGGAGCAUUUUGUAAAUAAGAUCAUCUUUAAGCGAACAGAAUCUUUGAGCUGAGCCGAUGGAAAUUCUAGUCCAUGAUUAGACGUGCAAAGCGGCGCAACAUGGACCAGAACUUUCACCACCCCCGACUUCUGCCUCCUCUACACUCCCCGCUCAGCCCUGUGAUUGCAGUCUGGGGCCUCGGCAGGCCAGCUGCGGUUGACUGCACGGUCUAUUUGCGCUCGCAUCAUCCCGAGUUCAGCGAGGGUGUCGUGUCAAUCCAUUUUCCUCAUUUCUGUGCUUAACGAACAAAGCAAUCCACGACGGUGGUGUCCUGCCGGAUGCUGAGAGAAGGAGCUCACGUGAUAGUAGGGGCAGAGUGCCUUAGACUGACAGAGAGGUUGGCUUUUAAGUCAAAGGUUCAACUCCAAAACACUUUAGAGGGUUCAAAACAGGCUGCUAUACAACACCGACUUUACAGAUAUAAAUAAUAAACUGUAUUUUUUCAGAUAAGAGUGUGAUAUGGUGAAAUACAUAAUUUAUUUCACAAGUUUAUGUAUGAAAAUUAGUCCAUUACCAGAGGUGUUGACAGUCUUUCUUUGUACAAGUAGUUCAUUUUGGGUCAUGAUACUUUUCAUUACUGAUUUCUUAAUGAGGUCUGGCACCAGUAAUUUCCAAGAAAAAUUGCUUAUAUGCCACGGUGUAAUCAAAUGUCAGCACAGGGCAGAGCUUUGCACCCAAACCAAACUGAAUUAGUACUGAUAUUGAGUCGUCCAAGUAUCGGCCUUAUUUGUCAAAAGCUCACUCGCCUAACAGUCUGUAGCCUGAGUGAAUUGAACGCCCUCGAUUUGAAAAUGAAACAUUUCUAUCAUCUCCAGAACGACUGGGAAGAAGGUUGCACUCGUCACAGCCGCUGUCAGCCGCUGAAUUAGAUUUGCUUUAAGUGAUUCUCUCGACACUGUGUGAUAUUAUGAAGUACAUGUCCACGCCAAAGCGCCCAGCAUUCUCUGUUUUUUUUUAAUCGGCCUCAGACUCAUUGAUGGCUAUGCGCUUGUUCAUUUUUAUACAAUAACCUGACCAUUUGUUAAACCCUACCACACUUUGUUACCGUUGCUACUCCUAUCAAGCUUUCAAUUCUUGCAUGGCACAUUUGCAGUUUACUUUUUGUCAGUUCUAAGCAAUUUUUGAAACAAUGAGUCAGUCAGUUCAGAUACAGAUGGACAACACUGACCUGAAAUUUCAGGCAGCGACUUGACAGUGUUGGCUAGAAUGACAACUGUUGCUAGCAGAUUUCCCCUACUAGCUAAUUAAGCUAGCAAACGUUGCAAAAUAAGUUGUUUGAAAAUUUAAAAGAAUCUUGUAAAAGGUGUCUCAAAUAGGUGUUUGAUGGCUACAUAUCAUGCUAAACAAGAGAGGAUGCACAAGAAAUAAAGAAACUACCUUGGUAUUGUCUUGCAGUGUAGAGAAAGUUAAGUCCUGGUGUUGUAAAAAUGCAAAAAGAAAAUGUGAGAGAAGAGGCUUUUAGGAUGAAAACUAACAAAUGUAAUGAGGUUAGCAAAAGAAAUGCUAUCUUGGGAAACACUGCAUUAAGUUGUUGGAGUAAAUUCAAUAAAAAGCAGGUCAGAACUACUAACAUUUACCAUGCUAAUGUUAGGUAGUAAACUAGUUAGCUGGACAUGCUAAUGGUACAGCUCAGAUUAGAGCAAAUAUACACACUUGAGUCCUUUGAAAUUCUUUCAAUACCAAGUAUUGAUGUUUCCACAGCCCCAUGCACACCACCUUGACAUGUGGAGAAAUCCAAGGCUUACUAAGAGUUGCUAAGUGAUUGAAUCCCUGUUUGGGGGAGAGGUUUUAGCGAAGUCAGUUUUAAGAUCUACAAAUAUUUUCCUAGCAUCUGAAUCCUCUUUAGAGACAAAACAUUUCUGAGUGGAAUUUUUUUCCCACCAAAUUAGCCAACAUUUAAUAGAAAAAAAGAAUCGUAAUAAUAUUUAAUACGCAUAAUACCAGGAAAAAAGUUUCCUUCCUCUGCUGAUGGAAGAGCCAACGGUGUUUAAAGAAUAAAAGAGCAAAGGGAGAGAAGUCAUUAUGUUUGCCAUUGUAAUCCGUAAUUACACGAGGACUAAGCAGACUGACUUUAAAGCACAAUCUUACACAGAGGGUUUGGGAUAUGAAUUAUUAUGUCGGAGAAAAUCAUCAGGCAGGCACAAACGGCUCAGCCCUUCAAUCACUUCAAGGCCCAAAUUUAAAUUUUACAUUUGUCAGACUGAGGGUAGAAAGUGCUGCCUGCAUACUGUAUCAUUACGCCCAUUUGACUGGACUGCUCCUUUAUUUUGUGACCUCUGUUUGAAGCAGGAACAAAAAAAAAAAAUAUGUGCAUACUUUUUGCUCAGCCUUUGCACAGUUCACUGCUUUCCACGUCUGAGCUGUUUCCGUUGAACCAAAUUGUAAGUAGUUUUCUAUGGAAAGCAAAAAAGAACAAAAAAGACAUCUAGAGGUGUAUUUGCAAAGUGUGUGUUGAAAUAAUGGCACAUGCUUCACCAUUAAUCCAACACCCAAGCGGCUCAGUAUCACUGUGUAGUGUUAUAGCAGUGUGUAGACCCUGAUCAAAUAUCUCUAUAAAUAUGACUCAGUGUACUAUUGAUGGUCACAAAGACUUAAGUGGAGCAACUAUUUUUAUGAAAUGCAACGCUAUGGAUAUAUUAACUUUUGCAAAAAUCUUGUUUACCUGUAAGAUAUUCUGAAACGCUGUCAAAAUAAAAGAAAAUCUUGACACAACAUGAAAGAUUCAUUUA